AUGGCCGUGCCCCCCGACGGCGUCCCCGCCGAGCUGCAAGAGGCCAUCACUGCCUUGCUAGGCACAAAGAAGGUCCUGCUGGUGAUGAGUGUCCAGCUGCAGGUGAAGUCCAAGUAUGAAGACUACAUCUUGGUGCUGACGCCCUGGCGAGCCUACGUGCUGCCAGUGACAAUGCCAGUGAGGGUUCGCAGCAGCUUCAGCUUCCUGGAGGUGAGGGAGCUGACAGUGCGAGAGCCCAGCCUGGUUGUGAUAGGCACAGAGGCAGCCUCCUAUGCCCUGCGGUUCCUGGCCUUCCACGACCUGCAGCAGGUCAUCACCCACAUCACCACUGCUCUCAAGAAGGUCUUCCCAGACUCCUCCCCUGGGACACUGCUGCAAAAGUCCCCUCCCAACCUGUAUGAGAGGCUCCAGCAGGUGAUAGACUCACUGGAGGAGAUGCUGCAGAGCAGCCCUGGGCCCUGUGGAGGCUUCUCGGAGACCUACGCUGCUCUGUGUGACUACAACGGCUUCACCUGCCGCGAGGAGAUCCAGUGGGACGUGGACAACAUCUACCACAGCCAGGACUGCCGAGAGUUCAACCUGCUGGACUUCAGCCACCUGGAGAGCAGGGAUGUGGCGCUGAGUGUUGCUGCCCUGUCCUUCAACCUGUGGUUCACCAAACUCUCCUGCAAGGACUUCAGGCUGACCCAGGAGGUGUUGGAGCAGCUGCUCUACAUGCUCAGCAAGUCGGUGGCGCUGGAGGAGCUGGCACUGGAGAGCAGCGGCCUGAAGGCGGACUUUGCUCAGAGGAUGGCCCAGGUGCUCAGCAGCCAUCCUGACUCUGUCCUGCACACCAUCAACCUUGCUGGCAACCAGCUGGAGGACAGAGGGCUCAUUGCCUUCAGCCGCCACCUGGAGAAGAGUCCCAAGGGUCUGCAGAGCCUCAGCUUGGCCAGGACAAUGCCCACAGCCAAAGGGAUGAGCACCCUCUGCAAGGCCCUGGCAGAGAACAGAGCCACCAGAUCCUCCCUGCAACACCUGGACCUCUCUGGAAACCCUGGCAGCCUGGCAGGGGAGGACAUCACUAACCUGCAGAGCCUCCUCCACCAGUGCCAUUCGCUGUCCCACCUCAGCCUGGCUGGCACAGACUGUGCCCUGGAUGCUCUCUUUGAUGCCCUGCUCCAUGGGUGCCACACCAGCCUUGUCCACCUGGACCUCUCCAGAAAUGUCUACUCCCACAGGAGGGUGAAAGCCAUCUCCCCUGGCAUCAAGGAGUUCUUCAGGCAGGCCUGUGCCCUCAGACAUGUCUCCCUGGCAGGUACCAAGCUGCCAGCAGAUGCUGUGAGGGCACUGCUGCAAGGGCUGGCAGACAACAGCCACAUCAGUGACCUGUGCCUGGACCUCAGCAGCUGUGAGCUGAGGUCAGCAGGGGCCCAAGUCAUCCAGGACCUCAUCCCUGACACCAGCUCCAUCAGCAGCCUGGACUUGUCUGACAAUGGCCUUGACCCUGACAUGGUGACCUUGGUGCUCUCCAUCGGCAGGAGCAAGUCCAUUCGCCACGUCUCUCUGGGCAGGAACUUCAACAUCAAACCCAAGGAGGGGCUGCUGGAUGUCCUGCACCGCAUCGUCCAGCUCACCCAGGAGGACGACUGCCCCCUGCAGUCGCUGUCAGUGGCGGACUCGCGGCUGCGGCUGGGCACCGCGGUGCUGCUAAGCACCCUGGGCAGCAGCGGCCUCAGCACCCUGGACAUCAGCGGCAACGCCAUGGGCGACACCGGCGCCAAGAUGCUGGCCAAGGCCCUGCAGACCAACACAAAGCUCAGGACUGUGGUGUGGGACAGGAACAACACAACAGCCCAUGGCCUUCUGGAGGUGGCUCAGGCUUUGGAAAAGAACUACAGCCUGAGGUCCAUGCCCCUGCCCAUCAGCGACCUGGCACAGGCGUUCCGCAGCCACCCCCAGAGAACCGAGGAGGCUGUGCACAAGCUCCAGGCCUGCCUGGCGAGGAACCAGCUGCAGCGCAUGGUGCCCACCCAGACCUUCCUCCUGCAGCAGGGCAUCCUCACCUCCUCCUCCUCACAGAUGGUGAACGAGGUCUGCCUGAGCCUGCAGAAGCAGCUGGACACGCUCAGUACCUGCCCGGGCCAGGAGGUGGAGGUGGACAUCCUGAGUGCCCAGGAGGCCAUCGGCAAUGCCAACCUCGCCGUCAGCGUCCUGCCCCUUUUGUACGAGGCAGGAAGCAGCCCCUACCAGAGCAGCAAGCUGCAGCACAGGCUGCAGUCCUUCGCAGAGGAAGCAUCUCAGAUCUGUGCCAGGGAGAUCCAGGCGGUCUCGCAGGAGGUGCUGAAGGCGGCGCAGGGCCUGUGCCCGGCCCUGGUGCACAGGAGUGGGGUCAGGGAGCAGCUGCUCAACGCCAUGGCACAGCAUAGCCACCUCCAGCAACACCUCAGCACUCUCCUGGACCAGAUGGUCACCGACGUCCUCAGCAAGCUGAAUGAAAUCAAACUGUCUGUCACUGCUGCUGUGGCUGACUGCAUUGUGGAUGUUGUGCUGGGAGACCUGACCACAGCCCAGUGCAAACUGGGCGAGAGCCUCGCCAAGCAGGGGUUCGACCUCCCGCUGCCGCCACCGGAGCCGGCUGAGGACGAUGCCACGGCACAGCCCAGGGGCAGGAGCCCUCCGGACCUCGCCGUGGAGGAGCACAAGAUGGCCCUGCGGAGGAGGAACAAGCACUGCAGGAACGUCCGGCCCACACCAGCACUGAGAACCCCUCCCCACAGCACCCCACGCCCUGGCACACCUCUGGGGCGCAGGGCAAGCUCUGUCCCCGCGGCAGCCCCCCGGCAGGCUGUUGGUGGCCGCGGCCGCCGUCCCCUCCCCGCAGCGUGACACAGGCGACGCAGGCGGCGCCACUGACCUGCCGUGAGCGUGGGGGAAGGUGACGCCGGUGGCAGCGAUGAUGAUGAUGAUGGUGAUGAUGAUGAUGAUGAUGAUGGUGAUGGGAAGGCCUGGCAAGAUUGGGUGCCAGCUGGGGCCCUCUCGCCCCUCGUAGGUGUGUCGGAGCUGGAGGCGGCGGCGGGGGGGGACGGCAGCGGGCUGCAGGCGGAGCGGGCACCGCGGGCACCACCGUGGCACAGCCUGGCCGCCCCGCCGGCACACCCUGGCCCCGCCGCCACAAAGGAUGCGGAGCCUGCGAGCGGCUCCCUCCCCGCCGCGCAGCCUGCCGCCGCCGGAGCGCUGCCCAUGGACCUGCCGACCGCCGGCCAGAAGCUGGAGCACUGCACCAAAGCCAGGCCCAGGCCCAACCGCCGCCACCGGCAGCCGCCCAGCAAGCCCAAUGUGCAACCUGUGGCCUCUGAGAACAGUGAGGACAGGAGCAUCACCCGUGUGGACGAGGGGCUGGAGGACUUCUUUGCCAAGAGGCUCAUCACAGAGCAGCCACCCCCCACGGCUCCGGAGCCCUGCGCAGGGUCGGUCCCUCUGGCCCCCUCCAGCUCUCGCACCCUCAAGAAGAAAAUUGGGAAUUUUUUUGCCUUCAAGAAGCCCAAAUCCAGCCGGGGCUCGAGGAGUGAGAAGGAGCCCGAGGCUGGCCCCGCCGGCCCCAGGAGCAGGCGCUCGAUGCUCAGUGACAUUUUACGAGCCCCCAGCAGGGCGGGCGAGGGGGGCAAGCCCCUGAGUAAAUCGGAGGAGGGGGGGCUCGCUGCCGAGCCCCCGGCAGAGCCUGAGCACUGCCACACCCCCGACUCUGCCCGCAGGAUCCGGCCCAAGUACUCGCGGGAGGGCAAAUCCCAGUCCCUCAUCCUGCUGCCCGGCGAGGACGAGGACGCCCUGGGGGCCAGGCAGGACAAGAAGAGGCAGCUGGAGAGGAGCGCCGGGGAGCUGCCCAGCUCCUUCGAGCAGCGCAUGCAGGUCGUGCUGCACCGCAUCGGCGUCACCAAGGGCCCGGCCCCCGACAGCAAGAGGCAGCAGAGCAAAGACAACGAGAUCAAGAAGGCAGGCUCCGAUGGGGACAUCGUGGACAGCUCCGCAGACUCCCCCCCGUCCCUGAAGGCUCGCACGCAUUCUGUGUCCACAGACGCUCCCUUCCGCAGCGCGGGCACUGCCAUGGAGCCUGGCCCCGGCCCGGCCGAGCCCCGGCCGGCCUGGAGGGCCCUGGGGCGGUCGCUGCCAGCUGAGCCGCAGGGCAGCAGCUCCAUCCAGCUGCGGCACUCCUGCACCCUGGCCGAGCCCAGCGUGCUGCCCGAGGCCGGGGCCCGGCAGGGCUGGAGCAGUAGCUUGCCACGGCUGGGCAGGAGCGUGCCAGUGACUGUGCCACGGAGGGUCAGCCACAGCGGGGAGCCGGGGCCUGGCAGCCCCCUGCCCACACCACCCACCGCUGAAGAGAACCAUCUGAUGCCACGGCUGGGGGCACCGCGGGGCACCAGCCGCAGAGCAGUGUCUGUGCAUGAGGAGCAGCUCAGGGAGCCCGAGGGCCCAGCACAGCUGGCAGCAGGCACCAUGCCCCUGCACCUGCAGCGCUCACCUGUGCUCAGGCAGAGAGCCCUCCAAGAGCCAGGGGACCAGCCCAGGCCAACCUCCUUGGAUGCUGCAGGCACCACACCCCAGGACUGGUCCCAUGCUGGGCCAGAGGAGCUGCAGGCUGGAGCAGGUACCACGGACAAGUGGCUGCAAGGCCUGGCACAGGCUGUGGCCACUGCACAGGACUCAGCAGCCGUAGACCAAAGACUCCCAGUGCCGGUCCAGGGGAAGCCAACCCUGGGCCCUUGA